AUGGCCCAAGGCCAUAUCAUUCCCAUGGUAGACAUUGCUAGGUUGCUGGCUAAACGUGGUGUUAUUGUCACCAUUUUGACGACACCCGUCAACCAUAACAGGUUCAAAACAGUGGUUGCUCGUGCAAUCCGUUCUGGACUACAAAUUCAUGUAGUAGAACUCAAAUUUCCAACUGUAGAAGCAGGCCUUCCGGAAGGGUGUGAAAAUUUCGACAUGAUACCGUCCAUGGAUUUGGCACUGAAGUUCUUCACUGCUGCUGGCAUGCUGCGGGAGCAGGUCGAAGAAUUGCUGCGGAAGGAAAUGAAACCUAUGCCGAGUUGCUUAAUAUCCGAUAUAUGUUUUCCUUGGACAACAAAUGUUGCUCAAAACUAUGGUAUUCCGAGGAUUGCGUUUCACGGGACUAGUUGUUUUUCUCUUUUAUGUUUGCACCUCCUGGCAAUCUCCAAGGAUUUCGAAAACAUAGCUUCUGACUUUGAGUAUUUCGUCGUGCCUGGAUUGCCUGAUAGAAUUGAACUGACUAAGGCUCAGCUUAGAGGAACUGUCAAUCCAAUGACUUCAGAUUGGAAUGAUGUAAGGGAGCUGAUAGAGGAGGCUGAGACAGAAGCAUUUGGGGUAGUGGCUAAUACUUUUGAAGAGUUGGAACUUGAGUAUUUGAAAGAAUAUAUAAAGGUGAAAGGCAAAAAGGUUUGGUGUAUUGGUCCAGUUUCUUUAUGCAACAAAGAAGAGUUGGAUAAGGCUGAAAGAGGUAACAAGGCCUCAAUUGAUGAAGAUCGUUGCACGAAAUGGCUAGACUCUCAGGAACUGAACUCUGUUCUUUAUGUUUGCCUAGGAAGUUUAUCUCGACUAGCAACUGUACAAAUGAUAGAGCUCGGUUUAGGCUUAGAAGCAUCAAAUAGACCGUUCGUGUGGGUUAUUCGAAACGUAUCGGAUGAGCUUCAAGCAUGGCUAGUCGAGGAAAAAUUCGUGGAGAGGAUUAAGGGAAGAGGCAUUUUAAUCCAUGGUUGGGCACCACAAGUACUAAUAUUGUCCCAUCCCGCCACUGGAGGAUUCUUAACGCAUUGUGGAUGGAACUCGAUCCUCGAAGGCAUAUGUGCCGGUUUGCCUAUGAUAACGUGGCCGAUAUUCGCAGAGCAGUUUUGCAACGAGAAGUUCAUUGUGACUGUGCUCAAGACAGGAUUGAGGGUAGGUGUUGAAAUACCUGUUUCAUUUGGAGAGGAUGAAAAAAUAGGACUACAGGUGAAGAAUGAUGAAAUUACGAGGAUUAUCGACAGGUUGAUGGAUGGAGGAGAAGAGGGAAAAGAGAGGAGAGAGAGAGCAAAAAAGCUUGGAAAAAUGGCAAAAAUGGCACCUGAAGAAGGGGGUUCCUCUUACCAGAACAUGACAUUGCUUAUACAAGAUAUCAUGCAGCAAGCAAGCAGUGGUCUGACGGAGAAAUCCUAA